CAGCGUUGUCAGCAUAGGGACAUAAAUAGUUGGUUUGGCUCGGGGGUCUGGAUGGAGUCCGGCUAUACUAUUGAGUCAAGUUUUCAUAGGUCGUUCUGUGAGCUGUUCUCUUAUCCAUUCAGAGAAAGAGGAAGAGAGCGGACGCUUGGAGACAUACAAGGUUGAAAAGCGAAAAAGAAGGAUAAACUAAAAAAGAAAAUGACUUUCCCCACCCUCGACUUCGACACAUUUCCCCUCGACAGCUCGUCCGCCCAGCGAGAUUUCGAGCGAGACUCUUCCUCCACCUCUGUCGAGUCCCCGAGCGACGGGUCAGCGCACCAGGCGGAUAGUCACACCAAUAUAUCCAUGAUGCUGGCCGAGGAGAAUAUGACGCGAUCUCAGCGACGACAGAGUAUCAUCUCUUCGAUGAAGCGGAGGAUAGGGAGGGUGUCGAAUUUGGAUGCUUAUUAGUCUCAGUGUGAGUAACUGUCGGGGAGACUCGAUGGAGAAGUUGGGGAUUUCGUCGCGUGGCUUUGUAGGCUUGGCUGAUUGUGAUGCAAUAGGGCGACUACGCUGGAGGGAUGUCGGAGUAUCUACCUAUCUGUCUUUUUUGAAGAGAUGGGAUUAUAGGGAAUUUUCAUGCCUUUUGUUGAUUUUACUGUGGAUGCACCUUGGCGUUGAACGCUGGAUGCAUGUGUUUUAUCCCUGUGGUUCUUUGCGUGAUGCCAUACCUGUUAUAUGUUGAUAACUCACUCUUACGCAUACAUGCGAUGCAUUAUACGAAAGGUCUGUGUGCCUUCACUCCCAUGGAAAUACGUGCUGUGCGUAGUUCGGCGCAGAAGCUCAGAAUCCGUUUGGAUAUGAAGACCUACCUCACCCGCCAAUUGGUGUUUUCGGUCGAAUGGUCAAGAUAAUAAGACAUGCUAACAAAUGUCACAUCCCAGCUGCAGACAAGACGGAUGUUGACGGAUGUAGUAGCUGGUAGCCUUCAUAGUUGUAUGACUCCACAUGAGCUGUUUUUGGCUA